AUGAUUGUUAGUUCUUCUGCUCAUAGUUUAACACCAGAGAGAAAACAAUGGAGAAAGAUAGAGAAAGAAGAAGAAACAGAGAAGAGAGAAAAAGAGACUGAAAGGCAGAGAAAGAGAUUGAAAGUGUUUGUUGUAUUCAUCAACUGUUCUGAGUACAAGAGCUACAGUAACAACCUAAUAACAACCCAGAACAGUGUCCCUAAUAAUGCCACUGUGGAAAAAAUCAUCUUCUCUACAAAAGUAUCAAGAAAUUAUCAUUCUGGCGAUGACAAUGAUCAUGAUAACAACCCUCCAAAACCUUAUGCCAUUGGAGUGAUAUAUAGUGAUUCAAAAGGAAAGUCUCACACAGUGUUAAUUAAACGCAAAGGAGAAGUCAUAUUAAGUGCUGGUGCAAUUGGAAGUCCUCAACUUUUGCUACUAAGUGGAAUUGGCCCACAUUCUUACCUCUCAUCACUUAAUAUCCCAAUAGUUCAUUCUCAACCCAAUGUAGGAGAUUUCAUUGCUGAUAACCCUCGUAACAACAUUAAUCUCAUAAUCCCAUCACCAACUGAUCCUUCCCCAGUUCAAGUUGUAGGCAUUACAAACCAUUAUUUCAUCGAAACCAUCUCGGCUAAUCUUCCAGCUUCCCUAACUCCGUUACCUUUCAGCGUGUACCCUAAGUCCUCCACCGCGCAUUUGGGUAUGACCGUCAUUUGUGAGAAGCUAAGGCAACCCUUGUCAAGUGGCUCUCUAUGGUUGGCUUUGCCCAACGAUGUGAGAGUCACUCCACAUGUGCGGUUCAACUACUUCUCUCACCCUAAAGACCUCUCCCAGUGUGUCAAUGGGGUCAGGAAGAUUGGGGAGAUGUUAGAAACCAAUGCCAUGGAACGAUUUAAGAUGGUUGAUUCUAAUGAAGAGAGAAAUUUUAUGUAUUUUGGGCCUUCUUUGCCGACGAAUCAAUCAGAUGAGUCGGCAAUGGAAGAAUUUUGUCGAAGCAGUGUGACAACCAUAUGGCAUUACCAUGGUGAUGCACGGUCGGGAAAGUUGUGGAUGGUGAUUUUCGAGUUAUGGGGGUUAACUCGCUUCGUGUUGUGGAUGGUUCUACUUUUCGUGUCUCUCCCGGAACCAAUCCUCAAGCCACUGUCAUGA